GACUGAGCGGUAAAAGUUGUGUUGUUCACAGCUAACCCUGACUUUUCGAAGCAUCUCCAAACUGCAAAUGAAAAAAUGCUAAUACUGAAAUAUUUUCGUCUACCUAAAGAGGAGAUGAGAGUAAAGAAGAGAUGAGCGUGAAAACAGAGAAUAAUACAAUGUCAUUCUAAAGGUAUGGAGCACUAUGAUUACAUAGGACAUUUCUAUGGUUGAAAAACGCAAAAGAAAAGAAAAGUUUGGGAGAGUUUGAGGCGAAGUAUGGCGCGAGAGAAGAUUGGAGAAACCGAAGUGGUCAAAGUGAAGAAACAGAGGAAGAAAUCCAAGAAGGAACACAAAACACGGACUGUGCAUUCUAACAUCUUAUACGAUCAAACCAAAGGAGAGGACAACCCAAAUAGACACUAUUCAGACAAUAAGAUUAAAACCACAAAAUACACACUUCUCUCUUUUCUACCGAAGAAUCUGUUUGAGCAGUUCCAUAGGUUUGCCAACGUAUACUUUGUGUUCAUCGCCCUGCUGAAUUUUGUUCCCGUUUGUAAUGCUUUCCAACCACAGCUGGCCCUGGCACCAGUGGUGUUCAUCUUGUCUGUCACUGCCAUCAAAGACCUUUGGGAGGAUUACAGAAGACACAGAUCCGAUAAAGAAAUCAACCACAUGGAUUGUUUGGUCUAUAGCAGGCCAGAGCAACAGUACGUGGAGCGGUUCUGGAAGGAGGCGCGGGUUGGGGACUUCAUUAGACUGCGCUGUAAUGAGAUCCUGCCUGCAGAUGUCCUACUGCUCAGUUCCAGCGACCCAGACCGCCUGGUCCACAUCGAGACAGCUACCCUCGAUGGAGAGACCAACCUCAAACAGAGACAAGUGGUCCGCAGCUUCCUGGACCUGGAUUGUGAUUUUGACCCGUCCAAAUACAACAGCAUCAUAGAAUGUGAGAAGCCUAAUAAUGAUCUGGCCAGAUUCCGUGGUUACAUUACCCAUCGCAGUGGAAGAAGAGAUGGUCUGUACAAAGACAACCUGCUGCUUAGGGGCUGUACCAUCCGGAACACAGAGGAGUGUGUUGGGAUCGUCAUCUAUGCAGGUCAUGAGACUAAAGCCAUGCUGAACAACAAUGGCCCCCGCUACAAACGCAGUAAACUGGAGAGACAGAUGAAUGUGGACGUGGGCUGGUGUGUCAUCAUCCUGUUGGCCAUGUGCCUGUUCUCUGCCAUCGGCCACGGGUUGUGGAUGUAUCAGUACGGAGAUAAGAGACCCGUGUUUGACGUCCUUAGUCCCGAAGGAGCCGACCUGUCACCUGUCCUGUCUGCCGUCUAUCUCUUCCUCACCAUGAUCAUCGUAUUUCAGGUUCUGAUCCCCAUCUCCCUGUUCGUGUCGAUAGAGAUUGUGAAGAUCUGCCAGGUGUAUUUUAUCCAUCAGGACCAAGACCUGUACGAUGAGGAGACUGACUCCCACCUGCAGUGUAGAGCUCUGAACAUCACUGAAGACCUUGGGCAGAUGCAGUACAUCUUCUCUGACAAGACCGGAACACUCACAGAGAACAAGAUGGUGUUCAGGAGAUGUACGGUGGCCGGGGUGGAGUAUAGCCACGAUGCCAACGCGAGGCGUCUGGCCAUGUACCAGGACCUGGUGGACUCAGAGGAGGAGGACUGUACGUCCCACGGUGGCACCUUGCCCAGACGGGACAGCGUCACCAGCCACCAGAGUGCUGCCAAGGUGGUUCUGCGCUCCCAGAGCACCAAGUCCCACCGCAGGACUGGCAGCCGGGCUGAAGCCAAGAGGGCCAGCAUCCUGUCCAAACACACUGCAUUCAGCAGCCCCAUGGAGAAGGACAUCACCCCUGACCCCCAGCUCCUGGACAAGGUCAAUCACUGCAGCAGCCAGAUGACCUUCAAGACGUUCCACAGCCAAUCCCUGUCUCAGCUGCCCUCUGACCUCACUGACAUCAUCGACUUCUUCAUCGCCCUCACCAUCUGUAACACCGUGGUGGUGUCAUCACCCAACCAGCCGCGGCAGAAGGUACGGAUGAGGUUUGGGCUCAAGUCCCCAGUGAAGACUAUCGAGGACUUCAUCAAGCGCUUCACCCCCAGCCGUCUCACCUCCAACUCCAACAGCAGCAGCUCUUCCAGCCUCAACCGCUCCUCCCACCGCGAAUGCUCCAGUGUCCUCUCCUCCCCCUCCGCUGAGAGCACCCUGACUAAAUUAGACGAGGAGCAUCACCCUGGAGGUCCGGGGGGUUUGGAGCAUGCCUUCUCCUCUGUCCCUCCUCACACUACCGAGGGAAAGCCUGGGGCCCUGGAGGAAGGCGAGCUGCGCUACGAGGCAGAGUCACCUGACGAGGCUGCCCUGGUGUAUGCGGCGCGGGCCUAUAAGUGUUGUCUGGUUGGCCGGCUACCUGAUCAGGUGACGGUGGAGCUACCUCACCUGGGGAAGUUGAGCUUUGAGCUGCUCCACACUCUGGGGUUUGACUCCACCAGGAAGAGGAUGUCUGUGGUGGUGAGACACCCUCUGACAGACCAGAUCACCGUCUAUACCAAAGGAGCUGACUCUGUCAUCAUGGACCUCAUCACACUGCCACCUACAGAUGAUUCCAAAGGGAGACGCCAAAGAAAGAUCCUGUACAAGACCCAGAACGACCUGAACCUCUACGCUGCGGACGGUCUCCGUACGCUCUGCAUCGCCAACAAGGUUAUCACUAAGGAGGAGUAUGCUGUCUGGUUGCGACACCAUCUGGAGGCAGAGACGGCCAUACAGGGAAGAGAAGAGCUGCUCUUUCAGUCAGCUCUGAGACUGGAGACUAACCUGCAUCUAUUAGGAGCAACUGGUAUAGAGGACCGUCUACAAGAUGGUGUCCCAGAGACCAUUGCGUCGCUGCGGAAGGCAGGGCUCCAGAUCUGGGUUCUGACAGGGGACAAACAGGAGACAGCCAUCAACAUCGCCUAUGCUUGCAAACUGCUGGAACCUGAGGACGAGAUAAUCACACUCAACGCUGACUCUCAGGAGGCGAUGGCAGUCCUUCUAGAGGAGAGUUUACAUUACAUCCAGGCUAAGUUCCUGUGCAGCUCCUCCAAUCCUUCCAGAUCCUUUCAGAACGACUACGCUCCCGCCUACUCCUUCCGCCCUCCUCCUCCUUCCUCCCAGGCCCAGCCCUUCCUGGUGCACCGGCUGGGUUUGGUGAUUGACGGGCGGACGCUGGCCUAUGCGCUGGACAGCAGCCUAGAUGAGAAGUUCCUGGCGGUGGCGAGGAGCUGUCGGUCGGUUCUCUGCUGUCGCUCCACGCCGCUGCAGAAGAGCAUGGUGGUUAAACUGGUCCGAAACAAACUGAAGGUCAUGACACUGGCCAUAGGUGAUGGGGCUAACGAUGUCAGCAUGAUUCAGGUGGCUGAUGUGGGCGUGGGCAUCUCAGGACAGGAGGGCAUGCAGGCUGUGAUGGCUAGUGACUUUGCCCUACCGCGGUUCCGGAACCUUCAGAAGCUCCUGCUGGUCCAUGGUCACUGGUGUUACUCCAGACUCGCCAACAUGAUCCUGUACUUCUUCUACAAGAACGCUAUGUUUGUAGCUCUGAUCUUCUGGUACCAGUUCUACUGUGGUUUCUCUGGGUCAGCCAUGAUAGACCAGUGGUAUCUGGUCUUCUUCAACCUGAUGUUCUCUGCCUUCCCUCAACUCAUCACCGGGACCCUGGACAAAGAUGUGUCCUCAGAGACCCUCCAGGAACUGCCUCAGCUCUACAUGAAUGGACAGAACUCAGAGGAGUACAAGCCGUAUAUGUUCUGGAUGAACAUGAUAGAUGCCUUCUACCAAAGCCUGGUCUGCUUCUUCAUACCAUACUGUGCCUAUGCUGACUCUGAAGUGGACUUGUUGACCUGGGGAACCCCCAUCACCACACUGUCUCUGUUUACCAUACUGAUUCACCUGGGCAUGGAGACCAAGACCUGGACCUGGAUGAACUGGCUGUCCAUCUCCUUCAGUGUGGGUCUGUUCUUUACUGUGGCUCUGUGUUACAAUGCCUCCUGUCCCACAUGCUACUCCCCUUCCAACCCUUACUGGACCAUGCAGAGACUUCUGGGGGAACCGCUCUUCUACCUGCUCUGUGUGGUCACGCCUGUAGCCGCCCUGCUGCCCAGAUACUUCUGCAGGGCGUGUCAGAGCUCUCUGUUCCCCAGUCCAGUCCAGGUCGGCAGGCAGCUGGACAAACUGCCCAGUGACACCCGCAGAAACAUCCUCAGUCGGGUCCAGGCCGGGUCACUUCUGAGUCUCAGACCGCCCUUCCUGUCUUCACUGUCCUUCACUGGACCCUUCCCUAAAGACUACAGUCACAGGGCCACCUCCACCCAGAACCAGCACAGCUUCACCAGGGGCCCGACCAAGAGCCCUGAGGGCCGUCUGGACCUGUCCUUACAGAGGGAUGAGACUGGGAAGGCUCAGGGGAAGGGCUGGGGCUCUGGCAGUCCUGGAGACACUAAGAGGAGCCUUGAAGAAGAUGAUCAGUACACACUGGCCUCCACAGAGAUGGAUACUCUGCCUUAUACCAAAGUCAAAGAAGCUCCUCAGCCUGAGGCAGGGGCUGGGGCCGGUGCAGGGGCUGGGGCCGGUGCAGGGGCUGGGAGUACGGCUGGGGCCGGUGCAGGGGCUGGGAGUACGGCUGGGGCCGGUGCAGGGGCUGGGAGUACGGCUGGGGCCGGUGCAGGGGCUGGGAGUACGGCUGGGGCCGGAGCAGGGGCUGGGAGUACGGCUGGGGCCGGUGCAGGGGCUGGGAGUACGGCUGGGGCCGGGUGCAGGGGCUGGGAGUCGGCUGGGGCCGGUGCAGGGGCUGGGAGUACGGCUGGGGGCCGGUGCAGGGGCUGGAGUGCGGCUGGGGCCGGUGCAGGGGCUGGGAGUACGGCUGGGGCUGGAGCAGGGGCUGGGAGUACGGCUGGGGCCUGGUACGGCAGGGGCUGGGAGUACGGCUGGGGCUGGAGCAGGGGCUGGGACUUGAUCACCUCCACACCCCUUCUGACCACACCCCUGUUAGCCACACCUCUCUUGGCCACGCCUUCAUUGGCCACACCCCAGUCAGAGACCAUCCACCUGACUCUGCCCCCUGCUGGUGGUUCCCAGUCUGCGGCCUACAGACGGAACUAUGAGAACUAUGACACUACGCCACACAGACCACCUGACCACAGGCUCCUCCCCCCUACAGACAGACCAGACCACGCCCACAACCAGGCCACGCCCACAUGUCCCAAAGAACACUGA